AUGCCGACCUCAGCUCGCGUUUCUGACCUUCAGCUUGGUCUUUUGAUGAAGUUUUUUGAGGUUAUUGGUUUUUUUUAGAGGGUUGUAAAUUCCGAGAUUAGUUAGCAAUGAAAACUGACAAGUUCUUGAAAAUUUGAAAAGUUCUCCAAAAAAGUUUCACACACUUCAAAAUUCAUGGCGGUCUACACUUUUUUAUACUUUUCAUACAAAACAUUUUUCCUAAAAAUCAAGUUUUCGGAAAAGAAAAAUCAAAAUCGGAUUUUUCAUAAGACUAAAGACCAUAUUGAGAAAAAUUUUAUUGAGCUUCUAUAUAAAUUUUCAUGCUGAUCCACUUUUUCAAGGACCGCUCGAAUCUGAUGGACGUUUUAUCAAUGAUAAUAAUCAAGCGUUUUUUUUUUCUUUUUCCAUUUCAAUACAAAGAUUUUCCCGAUAGUUCGUCAAAGAAGAAUCCCUAUGCCAUGAAAAGAUGAGAAAAAAAUCAAGAAUUAAAAAAAUUAUCUCACACAAAGAUCUCACAGGUUUAAUUUAAAAUGACAUCAGAAUAAAAAAAUUUAUUCUGAUGUCCUUUUUCCAGAGCAAUGACCUUAAAAUCAACAUGCGGGGAAAAGCUCGCUCCGAUUGUUUUUCCACGAUGAAGUCGACAUUUGGCGAUCCGUACACAGAGAAAAGUCUCUCGAGAACAGAAACGGGUUUUCCUGUGGAAGGAAUCUUCGCGCGCGACGCCUUCGAACGCCAUUUUGACCAGCCAACUGCGUCAACUGCCUUACUUUUCUUUUUGACUCAUCACUUAAUUGAUUUUUUUCAUAUUGACGCUCCUUUUUUUUUUUACUAUUGGCUUGAUUUAAAAGUUACUUUUUUAAUGUAUUAAUGAAAAUCACAGUUAAGGACGUUUCUUUUUCUCUGUACCAAAAAAAGACGACAGUGUCUUUUUUUCAAUCUUUAGGGUUUUUGAAGUUUGAAUGGCUGUUUUUUAAUAGAAUCAGAUCGCACAAAAAAUAAAAUUUGACAUGGACCUUGAGUGAACAAUGAAUCACGCGUGUUAACUCCGUCAUUAAAAAAAUCAAUUUCCUGCUUUCAAAGUUUCGUGGCUGCUAUAAAAACAUCUUCAAACUUGGAAACUUUGACUUCUUGAAUUUCAGAGGAUGGCGCGAGGACAUCAGAAAGCCCUCUCACAACAAAAAAAUGCUCAGAAGAAAGCAGAUAUGGCCAAAAAGCAGGUACUCUUUCUCCAUUUCAAACUUCCUGAAUUUUUCUAGUUAUUUGAAAAACCUGAAAUUUGAUCUCACGUUUUAGGGGGCUGAUCAAAAAGGCGCCGCUAUGGCAAGCUUACAUCACAAGUGCACUGUAUGCAUGGUAAUAAAUUUUCAAUCUUCCUUUCUUACCGACUUUUACGGAUUUCAGGCCAUGAUUCCUGAUCCCAAGACGUAUAAGCAGCACUUCGAGAGCAAACAUCCCAAGUCUCCAAUGCCUCCAGAGUUGGUCGAUGUUCAGGCGUGA